CAUUUUGCCUCUGAGAUGACGAGAUUGUGGUACAGUCUGAUUAGAUUCUGCCAAUAAUGGCACAUCGUUGAUAAAUAAAGUCUAAAACAGCCUAUCGACAAUGCCGAGGGAAAUUAUCACUUUGCAAGUUGGACAAUGCGGAAACCAAGUCGGCAUGGAGUUCUGGAAGAACCUGUGCGCAGAACACGGCAUAAAUAAGGAGGGCAUUUUUAUGGAUGCAGUAAAUGCACAUAAUGAUCGUAAGGACGUCUUUUUCUACCAGGCAGAUGACGAGCAUUACAUUCCCAGGGCUCUCCUGUUCGAUUUGGAGCCGAGGGUUGUCCAUGGAAUAAUGGCAUCGGAUUACAAAAAUUUGUUCAAUCCGGAAAAUGUAUUUGUUUCAAAAGAUGGCGGCGGAGCCGGAAACAAUUGGGGUUGCGGGUAUUCAUCUGCACUUAAAGUCCAAGAGGAUGUAAUGGAUAUGAUUGAUAGAGAGGCUGAUGGAUCUGAUAGUUUGGAAGGAUUCUUCAUGUGCCACUCCAUUGCUGGAGGAACGGGUAGUGGCAUGGGUAGCUACUUUCUGGAGGUGUUGAAUGACAGAUAUCCAAAAAAACUCAUUCAAACAUAUUCUGUAUUUCCUCAACUUACGGCCGAUUCUAGCGAUGUAGUUGUGCAGCCUUAUAACUGCAUACUUACUUUGAAAAGACUCGCUUUAAAUGCUGACUCUGUCGUGGUUUUGGAUAACACAGCUCUCCAUCGUAUUGUUGAAGAUAAACUCAAGCUCAAGGAUCCAACCAUGGAAGAAACAAAUUCUUUGGUUUCCACUGUCAUUUCCGCAAGCACAUCAACAAUGAGAUAUCCUGGACCAAUUAAUAACAAUUUGAUUGGUCUUGUAUCAUCAAUGAUCGUAAUACCGAGGUGCCAUUUCCUCGUCACUUCAUACACUCCUCUCUCCACACACAGACAAGUAUCUGCAAUACAGAGAACAACCGUUGUAGAUAUAAUGAGGAGGCUUUUUCAGACUCAAAAUAUUAUGAUGUCUGCGUCGAUGAAAAAUGGAAAGUAUAUUUCAGCCCUCAAUGUAAUUAGGGGACAAGUUGACCCUGGAGAGAUUUUCAAGGGUCUAGAAAAGCUAAGGGAACGAAAACUUGUCGAAUUUAUAAAGUGGAACCCUGCGACGAUACAAGUCACGAUAUCAAAACAGUCGCCAUAUGUACGAAACAAACAUAAAUUGUCUGGUCUAUUGAUGGGAAAUAACACCUCAAUUGCAAAGUUAUUUGAAACUUGCAUGGACCAAUAUGACAAGCUGUUCAAGAGGAGAGCAUUUUUAGAGAAUUACAAGAAGGAAGAAAUGUUUUCAAGUCCAGAUGGACAAGGAAAUUUUGAAGAAAUGGAACACUCCAGGUAA